ACCCAUCUGUCAGUUUGACAGAGGCAGACGGACAACUCAAAUUGAUUUUAAAGAAAGAAUCUUAAUUCUAACUUCAGUCCAAUUGAAUAUUGAUGAUUAAUCUUCUCAUCUCUCUCAUCUAAAAAAAAAAAACAAACAAAAAACAGUAUUUUUUUCUUUUCAAUUUAUGCUAAUCUUUUUUUUUUAAUUUGAUUUAUUUUUCAAGCAGAGUCAAAGUGGGCAUUUUUUCUGCCUUGGUCAGAAUUUUGCAGUGUCACUGAGUGGCAGAUGAUUAUUACGGAUUUUAUCCUAGUAUUAAGGAAAACAAAACUUAAAAUUUAAAAUGGCAAGUAUAUGUAGUUCUGGAGUCUACAGAAAAGUGAAAUGUGCUUUGGGCGUAAAUAUUUCUACAGCUGGUGGACCUUGCCAGUUGUGCUAAUUAAUACUUUUGGCGUAAAUAUUUGUACAGAAACUGUUGUUCUUCACUUUACUACCUUUGGAUAGGUCUUACAUAAAAAUUUCUAAUAUUUAGUGUUAAAAAUAUCUAUAUUUGGAUUUUUCUAUCUGCUCUGGUUGUAAAUUUGCUCUCUUUUUUUUUUUUUGCAUUUUAAAUACCAGGGUUGAAUAAUCUUAAUGACAUUCACUCUGCAUGUGUAGAUAGUAUUUGGCAUUUAAUAGUACUCACAGCUAGGUGUUUAUGUAACUGUUGAUGCUGAAUGAAAGCAGGAUUAGAUUUUAUUUAAUCUUUUCGAUUUCCAUGACUGGCUGAAUGAGGGAUGGUAAAAAAGUUCCUGGCUGUUUUAUUGGGCUUAGUUCUAGGCUACAUGCUGAUAGAUGACUUUAAUCCAGAAACAGUGAAAGGUAGGAAUGUGUUCAUCACGGGAGCCUCUACAGGGAUCGGAGAGCAGUUAGCAUAUCAUUAUGCUAGACUUGGUGCUAAUGUAGUCAUCACAGCAAGACGGGAGAAUAAGCUAAAGGAGGUUAUUGAGAAAUGUAAGGAGUUGGGUACCAAAGAGCAAACUUACGAUUAUGUGGUGGCAGACAUGAUAGAUCUCAAUGCAACGGGAAGUGUUCUGCAGAAGGCUAUCAGUAAGCUAGGAGGCAGACUGGAUUAUCUGGUCUUGAAUCAUAUUAUACUUCUUGAUCUCGGAGUGUGGACUGGUUCCAGUCACAAUCUAUCUCUCAUUGAUAAAGUCAUCAAUGUGAAUUUCCAGUCAUACGUCUACCUGGCAUCUCAUGCUCUACCUCAUCUAGAAAAAAGCAAGGGUAGCAUCAUUGUUGUGUCAUCAUUUGCAGGGAAAUUUGGACAACCUUUUGUCUCCAUAUAUUCAGCUUCGAAGUUUGCUUUAGAUGGUUUCUUUGGAGGACUUCGACAAGAGCUGAAACUACGUAACUGUGAUAUUUCCAUUACUACAUGUGUAUUAGGACUUAUAGGUACAGAAAACGCGAUCAAUCAACUUUUAGGCUUUGGACAGAACCAGUUGCUGAAUAUGCUGACAGCUGCAUCUCCCAGCGACACCGCUUUUCAGAUCAUCCGGAGUGGCGCGAAACGUGUCCGACAAAUGUAUUAUCCGAUGUUGCAGAUUUAUCCACUGGUUUUAAUGAGAGAUUGGUUUCCAGAAACAUGCGACUUCUUGAAUAGAUACGUUUACACUUUAAAUUCCUAGCAUAUAUUAUAUCAUAAAUUGGGAAACAUUUUGCAGGAGUUUAAUUUUUGCUAAAAUUUUUGAUCUCUUUCAUUCCCAAAUUUGAAACUUACAUUUAUUAUCUAAGUAUUUUUUACAUGUAUAACUAAAAUUUAUUGGGGAAUUAGUCCUGACCCAAUAAUAAUGGAAGAUAGGUAACAUGAAAAUUUUCAAAGCUACAGAAAAUGUGCAUGACCUUGACACUUACAAAUUUAUUAUGCAUGUUAUAUUGUCAUAGUCAGAUGUUGAUCAUGAUAUACUCAUGAAUGUUAAAUGUUCUGUGAAUAUUUUUAGCUCACCUGAGCACGAAGUGCUCAAAAGUGAGCUUUUGUGAUUGCCCUGUGUCCGUCAUCCGUCAGUCGUCCGUCGUCAACAAUUUGACUGUUAACACUCUAGAGGUCACAAUUUUGGCCCAAACUUAAUGAAACUUGGUCAGAAUGUUACCCGCAAUAAAAUCUUGGAUGAGUUUGAUAUAGGGUCAUCCAAGCUCAAAAACUAGGUCACCAGGUCAAAUCAAAGGAAAAGCUUGUUAACACUCUAGAGGUCACAAUUUUGGCCCAAUCUUAAUGAAACUUGGUCAGAAUGUUACUCUCAAUAAAAUCUUGGAUGAGGUUGAUAUUGGGUUAUCAGGGGUGAAAAACUAGGUCACCAUGUCAAAUCAAAGGAAAAGCUUGUUAACACUCAAGAGGUCACAUUUUUGGCCCAAUCUUAAUGAAACUUGGUCAGAAUGUUACUCUCAAUAAAAUCUUGGACAAGUUCGAUAUUGGAUCAUCUUGGGUUAAAAUCUAGGUCACAAGGUCAAUCAAAGGAAAUGCUUGUUAACACUCUAGAGGUCACAUUUUUUGCCAAAUCUUAAUGAAACUUGGUCAGAAUGUUACCCUCGAUAAAAUCUUGGACGAGUUCGAUAUUGGGUCAUCUGGGGUCAAAAAUCAGGUCACCAGGUCAAAUCAAAAGAAAAGCUUGUUAACACUCUAGAGGUCACAAUUUGGGCCCAAUCUUAAUGAAACUUGGUCAGAAUGUUACCCUUAAUAAAGUCUUGGACGAGUUUGAUAUUGGGUCAUCCGGGGUCAAAAACUAGGUCACCAGGUCAAAUCAAAGGAAAAGCUUGUUAACACUGUAGAGGCCAGAUUUAUGACUGUAUCUUCAUGAAACUUGGUCAGAAUGUUAAUCUUGAUGAUCUCAAGGUCCAGUUUGAAUCUGAGUCAUGUAGGAUCAGAAACUAGGUCACCAGGUCAAAUCAAAGGAAAAGCUAGUUUACACUGUAGAGGCUACAUUUAUGACUAUAUCUUAAUGAAACUUGGUCAGAAUAUUAAUCUUGAUCAUGAUCUAUAGGUCAAGUUCAAAUCUGGGUCAGGUGGGGUCCAAAACUAGGUUACUAGGUCAGAUCAAAGGAAAAGCUUGAUAACACUUUAGAGGCCACAUUUAUGACCAUAUCUUAAUGAAACUUAGUCAGAAUGUUAAUCUUGAUGACCUUUAGGUCAGUAGGUCAGGUGAACGAUACAGGGCCUUCAUGGCCCUCUUGUUUAGGGUUGACAUGAUUAUUUAGCUAAUCAAAAUAAUUUUAUCCAUAUGUUUAUUAGCUUGUCUGAUUUUUGAACUAUGAGUUAUUGUCAUCACUUGAUCGCCGACGUCGGAGUUUGUGUUAAUUUUUGUUCAAGUCCACAUUUUCUCAAAAGCUAAGAGCUACAGCUUUGAAACUUUGCACACUAGUAUAUCAUCAUUAGGUGACUGUGUAGGCCAAGAACCAUAACUCUGAUAUAUAUUUCGAUAGAAUUAUUGCCCUUUUGUACUUAGAAAAUUUGAAUGUCUUGGUUAAAUUUUUUGUUUAGGUCUGCCUUUUCUCAAAAGCUGUAAGAGCUACAGCUUUGAAACUUUGCACACUUAUUUAUCAUAACUAGAUGUCUGUGUAGGUUAAGAACCAUAACUGAUACUCAUUUUGUCAGAAUUGUGGCCCUUUCUGUACUUAGAAAAUUUGAGGUUUUUUAAGAGCUACAGCUUUGAAAUUUUGCUCACUUGUUUAUCAUCUUUAGAUGACUAUGUAGGCCAAGAACCAUAACUCUAAUCUGCAUUUGAUUAGAAUUAUGGCCCUUUCUGUACUUAAAAAUUCUGAACUGUAACUCUUUUCUUUUAUACUGUCCAGCAAUUGCAUACGAGCGAUGGCACCUGGAGGCGGUGCUCUUUUUCCACUUAAAAAACUCCAAAAUGUAUAUCAGACACAUUUCUUUAUUUUGUUUCUGUUAGUGAUACUUAAGUUUCUUAAGUUAGUGGACCCGUUAUGAUACUCUUCUUUUUCUAUUUGAUAAUGUAUUCACUUUUGGCAGUUUGGCAUUCUUCAAACAUAAAGUAGCUCAACACACAUAUGCCUUUUUGUAAUAACUAGAGCAUGCCAAAAUUACACACGAAGAACAAAUGAGCCGCGCCAUGAGAAAACCGA